AUGGCUAGGCGCCAUGGAUGGCAGCUCCCUGCGCACUCACUCCAGGUAUUGUCUCUGUUCCUCGUUUCAUCCUCUCCCCCUCCCACGCGUCCCCCGCGCCAACAUCCAAGGAGACGCUCGACCCAGUUCAUUGUUUCCCGCUGUCAGCUACAGGACUGUGAUUUUCUGGAUUUAACCUUCACGGCGGCGAUGCUCGACCUCUCUGGUUUGCAGGUCAUUGCGAUAACUGUGUAUUUCUUGCUGUCGAUAGCGUUCUACGCCUUCUUUGCGCCGUUCCUCGGCCAGGAUCUGUACGAAGAUGUGGCCACAGGAGUUUACAGUCUCCUGGUAAGCCUUUUGCCUCGCAAGUCAAAGAUUCGCGCCUCUUUUCCUCAUUCUUCCACCAUUAUUCACAACGAGAAAUUGUGUCUCAUACUUGAAUAAUUUCAUAAAUCAUAUAUCAGGUGCUCUGCGUAUUCAUUCUCUACGUCAGAUGCACGGCCAUUGACCCUGUUGAUCCCAGCAUCAUGGUGGCCCCUCAGGAGGUCCCAGGUUAUAAAUCUGGGAAUAAACUACAGGCCGGUGAGUCGUUUCUACCUAUUCUUAGUCUUAGCUUCCAAUGUUUUCUCAGCGAUGAAUGGUCUGUGGCCAUGAAGCUUACUGAUCCAUAUCGUUGACCUUUAGAUCACAGUCAGGUGAUCAUAAUCUGCUCAUUUUAGCAGUUUAUGGCUUUGACAUUUUUGUCCUGACGGCCUGCAAACUGGAGUCACAGGGAAUAUUUUCUUAUUUUGGAUUAAAUUUUAGAAACAAAACCAAAUUAACUGUUUUCAGAAAUUAUUCUUCACGAAGAGUAUUUUUAGAAGAAAAUUUCAGUGGAAAAACAAUUUUGUCCUCACGCCCUCCUCCUCCUCCUCCUCCUCCUCCUUCUUGGUGGGUGAACAGGGGACUGGGGUCAAGCACAGCCCGGUGAGGCGGCCUUGAAGGUGGAAGAGACGCCUGCAGUGUAUAAAUCGGCCUCCCACCAUGGUCUUUGGGGGCUCUGCUGCGGUUUAUUGGUGAAGGAAGACUGCCGCAGGGAUGAUGACCGGGGACAGCUACAAGUCAACGAUGAGGAAGCAUUGUUCUGCACUCUGUGCAAUGCGGAGGUAUUGCUUCCACUGGCCACUGGGUUUUGGGUCUCAUCUGAUGAGGGUUUUAUUUCAGAAAAACGUUGACCCGAAUAGAAAUCAGCCCAGUUGACCCUAAUAUCUGAUUCAACAAAAUCUUCUGCGUGUAAAUGGAAAUUUCCAUUUUUUUGUAAAAGGGGAUUUUAAAAAAUAAAAUUUAAAAAUUAUUUUAAAAAAUUAAAGCUUCGCGGUUUUGGCUGAAGAAGAGGUUGAAGAUUUCAAGGGGAGGGGAUGUCUUUUUGCCAGAAGUCAGUCUGCUCCAAGUGAAGUUUGAAUUUUCUUCCUUCCCCUGGCGUGAAAAUGGUUUCUAUGAAGGAAAAUGCUAAAUUUUGAUCUGGGCUGGGAUUGAAUCUCGGAAAUUAUAACUGGGCACCUUGCGGGGAAUCCUCCAACUGGAAUGCUCCAUAUAUUUUCUGGAAUAUGCCCAACAUUGGAGACUCGUGUUUCCUCAUAUAUUCCACCGUUUAUUCCUUUAUUGCAAAAUUAAUUCAUAUUUUAACUAUCCACGUAAGAACCCAUUUUAUUAACCUGUUUCCCUUUUCGGAUUUGAUCAGCCAAAGACUUGCUACUUGACCUCCUCAUGCCUGAGAAUCGAAUGAUCCAGUGUUGUGCUGUGUUCUUCAUAUAAAUGAGCCAACGCAUCCGUCUCUGUCCUCUUCAGGUCCGUAGAUUCAGUAAACACUGCAGAAGCUGUGACAAAUGCGUCGAUGGGUUCGAUCAUCAUUGUCAGGUCUGCAAUAAUCAGAUUCCUCCCAGGCUAUGAUUUCAUAUUGCAUUUUAUUUUUUCGCGUGGGUAAUCUCUGUGAAAAUGGGCAUUUGAGGGAUUCUUCCUCAUGGAUGCAGUGGUUGAACAACUGCGUGGGGAGGAAAAACUACUUCACAUUCCUCUCUCUCAUGGCGAUGAGCCUCAUCUGGGUACAUUCUAAAAAUGGCAUACUUCCCUUCCCAUGUCCCUGUGAAGACUCGGAGAGAUGACCUCCUCUUUUCUGCAGCUCUUGGCUGAGUCCGCCGUCGGCGUGGCCGUUCUGGUUCGGUGCUUCACCGCCAAGAGGGCGACCGAGUUGCAGAUAAUCGAGAGGCUUGGGAACGGUUUCUCCCUUGUCCCCUUUGCCGCCGUCGUCGUGAGCUUCAGUCUCUCUCUGCCUCCGUGAUCUUUCAUCUGUUCCUUUCCAUGAAUGUUGUUCUCCUUCCAGGGCCUGUGCACGGGGGUCUCCAUGUUCGCCUGUGUUCCUCUUGGGGAGCUCUUCUUCUUCCACAUCCUCCUCAUCAGGAAGGUCGGCUUCCACCUCUCUCUCUCUCUCUCUCUUCUGUUCUUCGAUAAGGAGUGAGCUUCAAAACGGCAGGGUAUUACGACGUAUGAGUACGUUGUGGCCAUGAGAGCGCAGAGCGAGGCGCCGCCGGGGCCGUCGGCGGGCGGCGAUCAACAGAGCCUGCCGCCGUCGCCGAUCAGCUCGGUUGCCACCGGCAUGAGCGGCGGAAGCUCCAUUGGGCUGCAGUACAGAGGCGCCUGGUGCACUCCUCCCAGAGUCUUCGUCGACCGGCCGGUGAGCCCUCCUCCAACCCCGCCAUCACUUCUCCUUUUCUUCUCCGAGCUCAUUCAUUCAUGACUGGCCGCGCUUCCGCCGCCGCUCCCUCCGGCAGGACGAGAUCGUCCCCCACCUGGAACCUGGCCGCGUGCCGUCGACGGUGGACCCCGACGCCGUCGACCCGUCGGAAAAAGGGAAGGCGGCACCGCCCAAACGUCCGGUGAAGAUCAGCGCCUGGAAGCUCGCGAAGCUGGAUUCCGGCGAGGCCCUGAAAGCCGCCGCCAAGGCAAGGGCCUCCUCGUCGGUGAUUCGACCGGUGGGCUCCCAUCGCCGAUACGACACCGAUAACUGCUCCAGCGGCGCCGCCAGCAGCCGGAGCAGCAGCAUCAGCGUGGACGUCCUCCACCUCCGGUCGUCCUCUCCGAUGAAGAGCUCGUACCCGCCGAGCCUGACGAGCAGAGAGGACCUCGACGCCUACUCUCGUACCCCCAGCAGCUUCAGCAGCCCCCGCCUUGGCGGCGCUGCCGUGGGAUCCUCCUCUGCGUGGGAUCGCCCGCCCGCCGGCGCCGGUCACUUCAACAGAGGCUACCCGCUGGCGAUCAGAUCUCCUCUGUCCAGUGGAAUGAACGACGCCGACAGCGUGGCCAGCGACGACACCGAGCCAGAGGCGAUCAGAGCGGCGGCUCCGCCGGCCAUGGCGGGAGGCUUCAGGAGCUCCGUCUACUGGGAUCAGAGCCUCGGCCGGUUCGUGAACUCGCAGUCUUCAUACGCGGGCGAAUCCGUGUUUUACGGCUACCCGCUUCAGGUGAAUGGAGGAGGGUGGCGGAGCUCCGGCGCCGCCGGGCACCACCGGAGCUUGAGGCAAGGCGGCGGCGCUGAGGGGAGGAGAGGGUCCAUCCAGCUUCCCGCGUUUGUCCCUCCUAGAGAUUCUCAAGAGUGA